AUGUGGUCCCGACUUCCAAACCUUGUCACCGGCUUGGCCCUUGGGUUGGCUGCCUGGUCGGUGGGAGUGGAUGCUGUGACUUGCGGCGAGUUGAAGACCUUCUACAAGAACGAGCAGUGCUGCGGGCAGCCCACUCAAGAGGUCUCUGCUCCAGUGCCCGGAACCGCUGCCUGCCCGUACUCCUUCGCCAAGCCUGCUUGCUCCACUGCCGAACCUCAGACGCCUCGUGACCUGACGGCCGGCGCCGUCGGCUCAAUGACACCGAAGGCAGCGACCCUGACCGAUGAUCAGGCGAACUUCCUGCCGCUGGUGAACGUGCACUUCCACCUGGGUGCAGAGCACAAGACCGAGGCCUACAGUGACGACACGGACUCGAUUGCCUACGAUGCCGCCUCGUCAGGCCGACGACUUGCCGGAAACGUCCGGCCUGGGUUCAUGUGCAGCAAGAGCUCUCUGAACGCCAAUCAGCUGGCGGCCUACAACUUCACGUACUGCAAGGGCGACGUGCAGGUCGGCAAGUCCUACGAGAUCCACUACGUGCACUCCUCUGCGGGCAUGGACAACAACGCCACGGAUGACAUGAACGCAGACUUGCUGGCAGAUGGCCUGGGAGGUGCUGCCAACGGCCGUGGCCUCCUCAACCCCAUGAUCGUGGUGCAAGGGCAGAUCUUCCAGAUCGUGAAUGGUGCCGCAACAGUCGAUGACAUGCUGCACGGCUGGACUGUGGUUGGCCACGACAACUCCGUCAUGUACCCCGGGAGCACUACCGGUCAGAGCCACGACAACGAGGUGUGCUCUCCUUACUCCAUCACCUGGCACGUGGACAAGGAUUGCCAUCAGGUCUCGCCCGAGUCCUUUGACAAUCUGUGCAAGCAGAUGAGUGAGGCCUACGGGAUGUACGCUGACCUUUACCCGCACGGCUCGCGCAAGCUGGGGUGGGUGAUUCAGCUGUGUAAGACGCCUCGUGACCUGACGGCCGGCGCCGUCGGCUCAAUGACACCGAAGGCAGCGACCCUGACCGAUGAUCAGGCGAACUUCCUACCGCUGGUGAACGUGCACUUCCACCUGGGUGCAGAGCACAAGACCGAGGCCUACAGUGACGACACGGACUCGAUUGCCUACGAUGCCGCCUCGUCAGGCCGACGACUUGCCGGAAACGUCCGGCCUGGGUUCAUGUGCAGCAAGAGCUCUCUGAACGCCAAUCAGCUGGCGGCCUACAACUUCACGUACUGCAAGGGCGACGUGCAGGUCGGCAAGUCCUACGAGAUCCACUACGUGCACUCCUCUGCGGGCAUGGACAACAACGCCACGGAUGAAAAGAACGCAGACUUGCUGGCAGAUGGCCUGGGAGGUGCUGCCAACGGCCGUGGCCUCCUCAACCCCAUGAUCGUGGUGCAAGGGCAGAUCUUCCAGAUCGUGAAUGGUGCCGCAACAGUCGAUGACAUGCUGCACGGCUGGACCGUGGUUGGCCACGACAACUCCGUCAUGUACCCCGGGAGCACUACCGGUCAGAGCCACGACAACGAGGUGUGCUCUCCUUACUCCAUCACCUGGCACGUGGACAAGGAUUGCCAUCAGGUCUCGCCCGAGUCCUUUGACAAUCUGUGCAAGCAGAUGAGUGAGGCCUACGGGAUGUACGCUGACCUUUACCCGCACGGCUCGCGCAAGCUGGUCUCCUCCCAGUACGUGGUGAAAUCCGAGUUCGUCAAACCCCUGGCGUAG